AUGGAACAGCCAACCACCAAAGACUUUUACAUCCACCUUCAUCAAGGAAAUUUCCAAGCUGCGUUGGAUUUGGCGAACGAUUUACAGCUUGACAAAGAUCUUGUUUAUAAAGCACAAUGGUCUAAGCAAAGAGAAGAAAGAGGACCUUUACUGCAGUUGAGAGACGUGGACCAUCUCAAGCUCAUCAGUGACAGUAUUUAUGUCGUCGGCCAGUGCUUGGAUGUUUGCGUCAAUGACCCCGAAGUUCAAGAAGAAAUAAUAAAUAGCGGACAAGCACGUAUUUCAGAGUUGACAGACCCAAUUUUGAAAAAUCUCACAGCAGAACCACUACAACAAGACACACUAUCGGAAAAGGAGAAGACAUUAUUGAGAACACGAUAUUAUUUAUUGAAAUAUAGCGAUCGUUUAAAAACAUGCACGAAAAUUUGGCCCAGCCUACGUUCUUCAUUGUCUACAAGCUAUCAGCAACCCUCCCAGAAGGUUAUGACGAAUGAUUCAUCCUUUGCUAAUGUAUAUUCUCAAUUCCGCGAUAGCAAUUUGAUUGCUUUGGCUAUUGAAUUUGCACGCUCCGAAAAUAAUACAGCGUUGGAUGCCAUAUUCCUGCAUCAUGGCAAAGAAAUUCUCCCUCAUCGUCUCUUUAUUCUGUCACAAAUUCCAGAGACGUCAGAUCCUAGCCGCUUUGAUCUACCGCACGUCACGCAUGCUCAAGAAGAUCUCUGGUUAGAAGAACCAUGGCGAGGAAAAGAGCAGGAUCCAGUCGAGGCGGCAUGGUUACAAGCAUUGAUUCAACUAAAUAUACAAGAAGAGAUAGAUUACACGUCGAGACUACAGAAAAAUAUAGAAAGUACAGAUUAUCCGGCUUCUUCAAAAGUGAUUGCGGACUGGUAUUUAGAUAGAGCCUAUGCAGCUGAUAAGAUUGGAUUGAGUAACAACGCAUUGGAGAUGAUUCGCUAUGCUCAGGUGAUGGGGGUGACAGGCAUUGAAGACAAGGUUUCCGAUUAUGAAUGGUUAUGCAAAUACAUCUAUGUCACAGAAGCCGACAAAAUGGAUGCGGAUACGGAAGAGGACAAGUUGAUCACACUAGACACAUUUCGGCAGUUAUCCGCCUACAAAGUUUUGGAAGGGUUAUUGAGCAAGACGGACAGUCAGACUAUCAGCACAGAUUUGCAAAACCUUGCUUUGCCAUGGAUAGAGUAUUGCAAACGAAGAGGUCUUGCAGGAAAAGAGGAUGAUGAGCAUGGAUCAGCCGAGUAUCUAUUAUACAAAUGGUUGCUUGACCCAGAGAUUGUAGAUCAUCAUUUGGAUUGGUGCUGCAGUGUUAUGGAAAAAUCCAAACCAACAGAAGUGUUAGAAGAUCGUAUUAUCAAAGAUGAUUUGGAAUUAUCGAGGUUGAUUCUUUCCAUCGUCUAUUUUACGGAUGGAGAAAUGCAAUAUUUGAUACGAUUGUUUGAAUGCCUUCCGAUUUUCAGUGAGCUUGAGGAGGAGAACGAUGCAAAGGAUUCGCCCACGAUGGCAGAUCUCAUGCCGUAUACGAAUACCCCUUUCGAUCUAUUUGUCAAAUUGCAGACGGUAGAUGCCAGUGGUUUAACGCAAAUGAUGGAUACGCUGCAAACACAACUGGGCUCAGCGGAAAUUUUGGCGCGAUAUCAUGCCGCGAUUCCUUUACGUUGGUAUUUACAGGAGCAGUCUAUAGAGUCUCAGCGUCAGCUAUGCAUUCGAAUGUCCUCUCAAGCAGCAGGUGGUGUAGAGUCUGGCGGAGCGCAGUUUGAUCGCGACGAUGACUGGCGCGAACUUUUAGAUGAUAUGAUUCGUUUAAAUGGUGAUGGCGAAAGCAUUUUUGGAAAAUUGGAUACCAAAGAAAUAUUUGAAAUCUUUUUUAGUUCGUUGUUAAGAUGUGGUCGAUUUAAAUUGGCAAAAGAAUUGAUAUUAGGGUCACAAAAAAUGCUGGAUAUCAACAAAGCCGAAAAGUUAGUGAUUGAUGCAGAACGUGAGUUUUACGAUAAUGCAACGUCAGGAAAUAUGCGAUCGGGUAGUAUGAAACAAGCAUGGGAAUGUUUAAAAACGUUACCUCCGACAACCGAGAUCAAAAAGGAAUUGAAUCUUAUUGAGGCUACGCAUAGUUUGAUUUACGAAUAUGGCGUACAAGACCGUCCAGGUAUAAGUCUUAUGCCCAUUCAAAUUCGGCAAUCAAAAAACCGUCUAGAGCUUAUAGCAAAGUUGAUCAAUUGGAAAAGGGAUAUGUAUAAGCACCCCGCUCAAGUGCUGGAAUUGGUGCAAAAGUUGGGGUAUGGUGAUGACUUGCUCGCCAAAGUCAAAGCGCUUGCCAUGUUGGCAAGUGCAGCUCUUGUUGAGGAGGAUUAUAUGGAGUCUUACAAAUUGUGUCAAUUGACGGUGGAAGCGGCGCGAAGUACGCAAAGGACUGCUGGAAAGUCCAGAAGCUAUUAUGAGCAAAUAAAUCAAUCAGCUUGGCAAAUCUGUUUCAACCUGGGUAAAUUGGAGACGUUUGAAGAUGAAAAUCGUCGUUUAGAUGUACUUUCUAUGGCCAUGGCCCUGAGUCCUCCUGAAAAUAUACAUGACGUGCUAACCGUUUGGAGAAAGUUGGACGAAAAGAAACCUGAUCAAAUUGCUCUUGCACAUUUGUCAGCCGAUAACUACGGGGAUAGUCAGCAAGGAGGCAAAAGUUGGCAGGGACUACUACAAACAGCAACCAAGCAAUGGAGUUUGGGCGAGUUAUUAGCUGGAGGGGAGCAUAGCAGAAAAGGAAAUGAGGGCAGCAAAAGGAAAAGAGAUAUUCUUCGUGAUGCUGUUGGCGGAUGGCUAUUUUAA